AUGUCGCUCUCGCUUGACCCUCCUAACACCGAUACGACCAAAUUUAAGGUCGCCGCGGUCCAGGCUGAGCCUGCUUGGUGCGACCUCCAGGGUGGCGUCGAUAAAACUAUACGGAUCAUACGUGAAGCCUCAUCUGAGGGAGCAAAAAUCAUCGGUUUUCCGGAGCUCUUCAUUCCAGGUUAUCCAUGGACGUUAUUAGCUAACAAUUUCAUUACCGCCCAGCCUGUCAUCAAGGACUAUCACGCUAACGCACUUUCGAUUCAUUCUCCGGAAAUGAAUCGCAUUCAAGAAGCCGUAAAUGAAGCUGACGUGACCGUUGUUUUGGGGUUCGCAGAACAUGCUGGUGGAUCGCUCUAUAUUGCUCAAGUCACCAUCACGCCCGACGGUAAGAUCGCAAAUCAUCGACGCAAACUCAAGGCCACUCAUUACGAGAAAACCAUUUUUGGUGACGGAAAUGACCAGUCCGUCUACAAUGUCGUUCAAACUCCAUACGGUAGACUGGCUUCUUUGAACUGCUGGGAGCAUAUCCAACCAUGGUUCAAGACCCAUAUGUAUACACAAUAUCCACAGCUUUUCGUCGCAUCGUGGCCGGCCGCAUUUCCUCCUCAUACUGGCGGAUCUCCGUACAGCUACAGUAGCGAGGCCUGCACUCGCAUGAGUCAAUUCAUAGCCAUAGAAGGCGGAUGCUUCGGGAUCGUUGCUUCUACUGUCAUUAGUGAAAAAGGUGCUGAGAGAAUGAAGUUGUCUGGAUUUCCUUGGUUCAAAAUUCCCGGCGGUGGCUUUUCUGUAAUAUACGGUCCGGAUGGCUCGGCGCUGACUGAGCCUGUCGAUUCGGAUGCAGAAGUCAUCGUCUACGCUGACAUUUCUCUAGAUAAAAUUGCAGAAAAUAAAGUUGUUGCGGACGUCAUGGGAAAUUCAGUGAGCCGUCUGUGUUUGUUACGAAACAUAGCCUCAAGUUGCCUUUAG